AUGAGCCUCCCAAGAGGAGAGCGUCUUAUUAUGCAGCCUGAGAGGAUUGCAAUGCAAUUUGUUCGAGUAGCGCAGCACUUCUUGCUUCCUGCCCACCAUGAUGCAUAUGCCACCCUUUUGGGCAAGCCGAAUGUGAUGGUAGGUAUCUCCCACUUCUUCUCAGCAGAGCAGACCAUGUUGACGGCCAUACCAUUUGUCAUCGAGCGUGUUUUCUUCUCACCUCAAGUCAUAUUUCUCAAUGGCGCACUCUCCACUGCAAGGCCAGAGCUCAUCGUCAUCAAUCAGAACCAUCCUCGAUUCGAGAAUGCUGUGAGAUCAUUGGCAGACGAGUGUGUGCUUCAUGUCUACAAGGCCGUUUUCUACAACAUUCCAGUACAAGUCAAACCCUCUCAAAUGGUCUUCUGUGUCACGCGUGGGGCUCACAUCGGUGUAGUGGCAGGCUGGGAGAAUGCACUUAACUGCGUUCUGGGUGUCACUGACGCUGUUUACUAUGAUGUUGAUUCCGUCGCAAUUGGGGAGGAAAAAGUUAGGAUUGCAAUCGAUGAAGGACACAUUGAGAUGGUGGAACCCUGGGCGUCCCCAGAAUUGUAA